AUGCGAAAAGGCUGUCACAAAAUGAUACUCACUUACAAUUCUACCUACUUUGAUGGAACCCGCACAUAUGGAGGAUACUCUGAUAUCAUAGUUGUCAAAGAGCAUUUUGUGAUUUGUUGGCCAGACAACCUGCCUCUUGAUGUUGGUUCUCCCCUGAGGAAUUUUGGACUUGACAAGCCAGGUAUGUAUAUCAGUGUGGUGGGUCUAGGCGUGCUAGGCCAUGUAGCAAUGAAGCUUGCUAAGGCUUUUGGGGCUAAGGUGACAGUGAUUAGUACAUCCCCUGCCAAGAAGAAGGAAGCCAUUGAACAUCUUGGCCCCGAUUCAUUUUUAGUUAGCAGUGAUCAAGCUCAGCUGCAGCAUGAUGGGAAACUUACCCUGCUCGGUUCACCAAAGGCACUUGAACUACCAGUCAUGCCUAUGCUUGCAGGGAGAAAGAUAGUAGCAGGGAGUGGCAUUGGUGGGAUAAAGGAGACGCAAGAAAUGAUCGAGUUUUGUGCAAAACACAACAUAACAGCUGAUGUUGAGGUCAUUCCAAUGAAAUAUGUGAACACUGCUAUGGACUGUCUAGCGAAAGCUGAUGUUAGAUACCAAUUCGUGAUCAACAUUGGGAACAUGUUGAAGGCUGCUUAG